GGUCUUCCAAUAACAAUAUUUGUAGGGAGGUGGUGGGAAACUGCCGCUGACAUCAGAAUUCCCUCAUAUUGCAACCCUACAACGAGCUGGGCCAAUCUCUUUCUUUCUCUCCCAAUCAGCAACCUCUUGUUCUGCUAAAUUCAAGCCUUUAAAUGCCUGCUUCACAAGCCCUUCAACCAUGGAAAGCUCUUCCCUGAAUGGAAUUGUUAAACUUUCAGAAUCGUUGCUGAAUGCAUUAGCUGCUAGUUAAUAUUAACUUAAGAAGGGAAAAAACGCAAACAGAGCUAGGUAAGUCAGGUUCUUAACUUUGCAGGUGAAAACAGCAGUUUGCUGAAUGCCUCCUCCCNCCCCCCCCCUCCCCCAGGAGAGAGCGAGAACCACCAUUGGCUGGAUCUAUGAAAGAGAUAAGGGGGCCAGGUCAAUAUGAUAAAGCUGGAAUUUGUAUGAAAUAAAAUAGAAAUCUAGUGCCAUACAGGCACACAACCGGUGCAUGAUGUGCGGAAUUUGGAGAUCAGCUUGGCAUUUAGGAAGCCCACCGGGUUGUUUACACUGACAGAUACCUGUUAUGUGUUUCCUUCAAGCAAUUCAUUUGUGAAGAGAUUAGGGGCUGGCAGGAGAGGGCUUGUUGAACAACUUUGCCUCCACACAAAGCGUUAGUGGAGGCAGCCCUGCUGAGUUUCACGGUGGCUGAACAGAAUUGGGCUUGAUUUGUGGCACACGACCCAAUGAAUUAAUAAAUAGUCUGGCCUUCACGGCUUUUGACUCUGACAAUCCAGCUCAGCCAAUAUGAAAGGAAGGAAAGUCCUUUAGUAGAUCGUUCUUUUCCCUUUUAUUUUGCCAGAGAGACUUUAGCUCAUAUUUAUAGGGGAAGGAGCUGGAAUAGCAAACCCGCCUUGCCUACUCUCCUCCCUGCUUGUUUUCUUAGUUAUAAAAUAACAUGACUUUAGACUGCUGUGCAGCUAAGGGCUUUCUCCUUGUCAGUGGCCUAAAACGUUAACCGUUUCGCCUUUUUCUCACAGUGUAUCUGCGAGAGAGGUUCACAAGCUAAACCUCCUUAUGGUUUUCUGCUUUUCCUAGGCUAACAUCACCUUAAAGACCAAACAAUCAGCUCUUUCCAUAAAAAUGUGAAGUCACAUGGGACAAUCGGCCAGGGAGUCCAAAGUGGACUCACCAGGGCACUUUAUAUUUAACUGCCACCGAAGUAUUGCGAGGGUAUCUCUUUAUGGCUGUAAUAUACGCGCUGGAACUUUCCUGUUGAGCAAUCUGGUCACGUACCUAAAGAGAUGCAAAGACAAGCUGAACGCCCUGGCGAUCUCAGUGAUGAACCAGUGGCCCGGCGUGAAGCUGAGGGUGACCGAGGGGUGGGAUGAAGAUGGACACCACUCCGAGGAGUCGCUGCAUUACGAGGGCCGAGCCGUGGACAUCACCACCUCGGACAGGGACCGCAGCAAGUACGGCAUGCUGGCUCGGCUGGCGGUGGAGGCUGGCUUCGACUGGGUCUACUAUGAGUCCAAGGCCCACAUCCACUGCUCCGUCAAAGCGGAGAACUCGGUGGCCGCCAAGUCGGGCGGCUGCUUCCCGGGCUCGGCCACGGUGCACCUGGAGCAGGGCGGCACGAAGCGCGUGCGGGACCUGAGCCCCGGGGACCGCGUGCUGGCGGCGGACGCGCAGGGCCGGCUGCUCUACAGCGACUUCCUGGCUUUCCUGGACCGCGAGCACGGCGCCCCCAAGCUCUUCUACGUGAUCGAGACGCGGCAGCCGCGGGCCCGCCUGCUGCUCACCGCCGCCCACCUGCUCUUCGUGGCGCCCCCGCACAACCACUCCCAGCCCGAGCCCGCCCGCAGCCGCGCCCUCUUCGCCAGCCGCGUGCGGCCGGGCCAGCGGGUCUACGUGCUGGGCGAGGGCGGCCGGCGGCUGCUGCCCGCCGCGGUGCACAGCGUCUCCCUGCGGGAGGAGGCCUCGGGGGCCUACGCCCCGCUCACGGCCCAGGGCACCAUCCUCAUCAACCGGGUGCUGGCUUCCUGCUACGCCGUCAUCGAGGAGCACAGCUGGGCGCACUGGGCCUUCGCCCCCUUCCGCCUGGCCCACGCCCUGCUGGCCGUGCUCUCCCCCAGCGCCGGCCUGCCCGAGGCGGAGCCCGCCCCGCCGGGCCUCCACUGGUACUCGCGCCUCCUCUAUCGCCUCGGCAGCUGGGUGCUGGACAGUGACUCCCUGCACCCGCUGGGCAUGGCCGUGCAGGCCAGCUGAGAGCAGAGCACCGCCGCCACCAGGCCCAGGCAGCCGGGAGAGAGGGGAAAAAACAAACUCACGGGAAAAAGAAAAGGAACAACAUAUUUUUAA